ACUUCGUACGCUGAAACGUACCACGGCGCCGUUUAACACCUAUUGCCGUACUUCUUUCCCACUUCCCAGUUCUCUCUCUCUCCUUACCUAGCUUUCUCUACUUUCCCCCACAGGCUGCAGCCAGUAAAGAAGAAGAAGAAGAAGAAGACAAGCGAAGGAGUCUUCCAUUAAUGGCCUUAAUUAAGUCAAAACUCCGUUUACCGCAUUGUCUUUAUCCUCACUCUCAAUUUUUCCUUAAACCCUACUCGUCUUCUCUAUCCCUACUUGACGAAGAAGCGGAUGUUGAUAAACUCGACUCCUCAACACAAGACGCCUCACCUUCGGAAUUCCUAAUCGCCGACCAAUUCCACUCUCUAAUCAAAGACCACUACCGUAAAAACCCUAACCCCACCCCGCCAAACCCUAGUCUCAACAUCCCCUCUCUCUCCCUCGACUUCUCCCAAAUCCCUAACGCCACUUCCAUUUCUCCCUCCAUAGUACGCCGCGUGAUCGAGAAGUGCGGUGGGGUCCGCCAUGGCAUACCCUUCAUCCAAGCCCUAGCUUUCUUCAAUUGGGCCACUUCUCGCGAUGGGUUCGCUCACUCUCCUGAGCCGUACAACGAAAUGAUCGACCUCGCCGGAAAGGUUAGGCAGUUCGACUUGGCUUGGCACUUAAUUGAUUUAAUGAAAACCGGAAAUGUGGAAAUCACGAUUGAGACCUUCUCGAUCCUUGUUAGGCGUUACGUGAGGGCCGGAAUGGCUGCAGAGGCGGUGCACGCUUUUAAUCGUAUGGAAGAUUAUGGUUGCGUCCCUGAUAAGAUUGCGUUUUCCAUUGUGAUUGGCAUGUUGUGUCGGAAGAGACGAGCCAGUGAAGCUCAGUCGUUUUUUGAUAGCUUAAAGGACAGGUUUGAGCCCGAUGUUGUUGUGUACACAAGCUUGGUCCAUGGAUGGUGUCGGGCUGGUAAUAUACCCGAGGCAGAGAAGGUAUUUAGGGAGAUGAAGAUGUCUGGGAUUAAGCCCAAUGUGUAUACUUACAGUGUUGUGAUUGAUGCACUCUGUAGAUGUGGGCAGAUCACAAGAGCCCACGAUGUCUUUGCGGACAUGCUUGAUGCUGGCUGUGAGCCAAAUUCAGUUACUUUCAACAAUUUGAUGAGGGUUCAUGUUAAGGCGGGGAGGACGGAGAAAGUUCUGCAAGUUUAUAAUCAGAUGAGAAAGCUUGGAUGCAAUGCAGAUACGGUCACUUAUAACUUUCUUAUUGAGACUCAUUGUGGCCAAGACAGUCUGGAUGAUGCCGUUAAGGUGCUUAACACAAUGGUUAAGAAAGGCUGUAACCCAAAUGCUUCUACCUUCAAUACGAUAUUCAGGUGCAUUGCAAAGUUGAAGGAUGUUAAUGCUGCUCACAGGAUGUAUACUAAAAUGAAUGCUUUGAAAUGUGAAGCUAAUACAGUGACUUACAAUGUAUUGAUGCGGAUGUUUGCUGAGUCGAGAUCGACUGAUAUGGUUCUCAAGCUAAAGAAGGAAAUGGACGAGAGAGAAGUUGAGCCUAAUGUAAACACUUAUCGAAUUUUGAUUACAAUGUACUGUGGGAUGGGUCAUUGGAAAAAUGCUCACAAGUUAUUUAGGGAGAUGGUUGAAGAGAAAUGCUUAAAACCCAGUCUCCAUAUGUAUGAGACGGUGCUGAAACUGCUAAGGGAAGCCGGCCAGUUAAAGAAACAUGAGGAGCUGGUGGAAAAGAUGGUGGAUAAGGGAUUUGUUACUCGCCCAGUUUAGAUUUAGCUAUAGCUUUUGUAUAUUUGACUUGUGGGAGGAGUACAUGCCAGGAAUUCUAAUUAACUUGAGCAUAUUACCUUCUGCAUGUUUCCAUCCCCUCUUCUCAUUGUUCUUUUUGGGUCUCACCUAGCAAUAUAACAUACAGCUUUUUGAUA